GAGCCUAAAGUGCCCUCUGUCACUCAGAGCUGCAGCUGGCACCGGGAGGAGAACUACCUGUCUGUUCCUUUGGAAUACAGAUAAAAAGAGGAUCAGAACAGCAUGAGUUCCAAGCCAAAGUCAAUUGGGAUCAUCGGAGCUCCCUUCUCCAAAGGGCAGCCACGAGGAGGAGUAGAAGAAGGUCCUGCAGCACUGAGAACAGCUGGUAUAGUUGAAAGACUUGAAGAACGAGAGUGUGAUGUGAAAGAUUAUGGGAACUUGACCUUUGUUGAUGUGCCCAAUGAUACCCCCUUUCAAAUUGUGAAGAAUCCAAGGACCGUGGGCAAGGCUAACGAGCAGCUAGCUGGAGCAGUAGCAGAAGUGAAGAAGAAUGGGAGAACCAGCUUGGUACUUGGCGGGGAUCACAGUUUGGCGAUUGGAAGUAUCUCUGGCCAUGCCAAGGUUCACCCUGAUCUCUGCGUCAUUUGGGUAGAUGCACAUAGUGAUAUCAACACUCCUCUGACAACUACAUCUGGCAACUUACAUGGACAGCCUGUUUCUUUCCUUAUGAAGGAACUAAAGGGAAAGAUCCCUGAUGUUCCAGGAUUAUCAUGGGUGACACCUUGCUUAUCAGCCAAGGACAUUGUAUAUAUUGGAUUGAGAGAUGUGGAUCCUGGUGAACAUCAAAUUCUUAAGGAUCUGGGCAUUAAAUAUUUUUCAAUGACUGAAGUGGAUAAGCUUGGAAUUGGCAAAGUGAUGGAGGAAACACUAAGUUACUUAAUAGGAAGGAAGAAAAGACCAAUUCAUCUGAGUUAUGAUGUGGAUGGGUUGGACCCAUCUGUGACACCAGCUACUGGCACACCUGUCCCUGGAGGCCUGACUCUCAGAGAAGGUCUCUAUAUUACAGAAGAAAUCUAUAAGACAGGGCUCCUCUCAGGAUUAGACAUAAUGGAAGUCAAUCCAUCCCUUGGAAAGACACCAGAAGAAGUCAACCGGACAGUGAAUACUGCUAUUGCGAUAACUUUAUCCUGUUUUGGAGUAGCUCGAGAGGGCAAUCAUAGUGCCAAGAGACUGUAAAUAAGUCUGAAAAGAAACUGGAGGGUGGGAGGUGAAGGUAGGGGGGCAGACAAUUGAUCUUUAUCACUUCAAUCAAUGCUGGUUAACAAUGAGAAGCUCCAAAAAUUGUGCUUAAGCUUACAGUUUCCCCCAAACCUUUUGCCUAUAAUUAAAGUUUUGAUCUCUUCUUUAGAGUGAAAUCAAAGUAUUUUUGUUUGCCCUUCACUGUAAUCAAAAGAAAAAACUUACAGUGGAAAGGAAAUGUAAACUUAUGUCUAAUUCAUUAAUUUGCUGUUAGCUGGUGUAACAACAUAAACAUAUAUAGUGAAAACUGGUAAUAGGAGGCAAACAGCAUUAAUUUGUUAUUUGUCAUGUAUAUUUGUACAUGAAAUAUGUGCUAGAGAACAAACUUAAGCCAAUACUAAACAGGUAUCCCAAGGACCAUAUUCAUCCAUUUGAGUUUUGCUUAGUUCUUUUUAUAAGGAAGAAUAGCCUCAAUAAGAACUCAUGUCUUCCCAUUCUUGCAACAGUAAGAUGAGAGAUCUUAAUCUUCAGAAAUAAUUGCUUGAACGAUUUAAACUUAUGUCACUAAGUCUGUGUAGGAGAAAUGGCUUGUUAUAAUAAAGUUUCUUCAAAAAUGUUUGACUACUAGUAAAAAACACUUUGUCAAAUUUA